GGAAGAGAGCGACUUUGUGUCUACUGGUACAGGAUUGUCAGAGACGUCCAAUCUGGAGGAGAGUGACUUUGUGUCUACUGGUACAGGAUUGUCGGAGACAGCCAAUCUGGAGGAGAGCGACUUUGUGUCUACUGGUACAGGAUUGUCGGAGACGGCCAAUCUGGAGGAGAGUGAUUUUGUAUCCUCGAGUACUGAAUUGUCUGAUAAACUGAAUUUGGCUGCAAAUACAGAAGCAGUUCAUCAUUUAUUGGUGCUUGAUCAAGUGUCACCUCCGUCAAGGGCAUGUGCAAAUCAUGACAGCAAUGACAAACAUCUAUCUGCAGCAGAUUUUAAGCUUGAUCUUGGUCCUGCAAAUGAUCUGGUGUCUGCUGCAGAUUUUCCCAUAGAGAAUUCUGUCACAGAUAUCACAAGUGAUGGAGCAACAGAGGAGAACAGUGAGGGUUAUAGCAUUCUCAAUGCUGCCUUGGAAGGUAAUCCUGACCUGAAGCAACAGAUGGCUCCAUCCCGUGCCAGUAUCAGUACCAUCCCCACACUACCUCUGGCCUCCAUCUUACCAAAUCUCCAGGCAGUACAAGUUGUACCUAUUGGCAAUCUUCAACAACUCCAACUUCUCACGUCUGGAAGACCAACCAGCGGCGACUCCACAGUUGCACAGCUUCUUUCAGCAAAUCAGAAAAUGGGGCAGUUUCUUCAACUAGGGUCACAGCAGACAGCCAAUCCAAAAAUAAUACCAUUAAAUUUAGUCCAGCAGGGAAAUAGCCAAGUUCUUGGUCUGUCGAACCAAGACAGUCAGAAAUUACCUAUAGGUUCUAACCACUGCUCAGCAGAUACUACCAAGACUGUUCAACAACUUAUCAAUCUACAGUCAGGUUCUACAUCAGCAUUUUUACUAGGAAACCUGUUAGUGCUUCAACCUGUUGCUAGUCAACUACCGGGAAAUAUGUCAUUGACUCAGUCACCUGUGACUUCUCUCAGUGGAGGUAACUCUCUGUAUCCAAGCAACACCCUAGCAACAUUGCAGCCAUCUUGUGCAACUAACUCAAAUUUGAUAACCUCUGAACAAUUGCUGAAAAAAAUUGUUCCCCGACCUAGUAGCUGCACAUCUUCAGUGAACACCAGCACCAGCAUGCCUGUUCAGACCUGUCUAUCCAGUGUUGAUCAGAUUCCUGGUCCAGAGGUUGCCCCAUCAGUACCUGAUUCUAUGAUCAGUGUCAACACAACAGGAACUGACAAGCAGAUGCAUUUUGGGAAGGAUGAAAAAAAGAGAGAAGAAGCAAAUGGCGAAGCAACUUGUUCUGAAGGAGUAAAUCAAGAACAAGAAAAUGAUAAAACAGACAGUUUAAAAACUGCAGGACGGAAAAACACAAAAAUAGUAAUAUAUGGUAAAACAAUAUCAAUGACAUUUGAUUGUAGAAAUAAAAAUGGAUUAGUACCUUCAACUUUAAGUGAUAAUAAAUCAUCAAACAAUAAAACCUCAAAUAAUACUCCUGAAGGUUUAAAUUCUGCAACAGUGACAGUAAAGACUCCGUUAAUACGCCCAGGUUCUGAUGGUUAUUCUAGUAUGGAAGUUAGUCAGACACCAACAGUCCAGUCCAGCUCCACUGUCAACUCUUCACAGGUUAAAUAUGUAUCAAUUUUAGAACCAAAUAUUUCAGCAAAAUUACCUGGUAAGGCAGAAAAUGUACAGACAGCAAGCUCAACAUCAGUACCAGUGCAAGCUCAAAACAAAUUGGAUGUCAGCAAAGUUGAACAGUUGAAUCCAAUCAAGGUUAAUCUUGGUUCAUCUCUUACAACGUGUCAAGUUCAAAGUACCUCCCAAGGUCAAAGUACCUCCCAAGGUCAGAUAUGUCAGAUUCAAGCUGAAGGAAAAGGUUCAGCAUCACAGAAUACUGAGAAAGGAGUGAAGAUAUUACCACAGGUCCAACUGGAAUCCAUGAAGGAUGGAUCUGUUAUGGAGCAGUGCCCUAUAAUACAAGGAGGCAGCAGGCACGAAUACAGAUGUGAUCUCUGUAGUGCCUCCUUCAAUCGCUACGGCAACUACACCCGACACAGAAUGAUCCACACUGUUAAUACAAAGGAUGACUACCGUUAUAAGUGUCAGGAGUGUGGGCGACUGUUCCUCCAGCGAUGUGACAUGAAACGACACAUGUUGAUACACACAAACGAGCAGCCAUUCAGGUGUAAUGAGUGUGGCAGAGGCUACAUACGGAGGAGUGACUUAGUGGUACACAUGCGGUUCCACAAGAAAGAAAAGACGUUCAAAUGUGUUUACUGCUCCAAAAACUUCUAUCAAUCAGGUGAUCUGAACAGACAUAUGAGAAACAUCCACCUGCAGACGUCAAUGUUGACGUGUGGUCACUGUAGUCGCCAAUUUGUGAAAGAGGCCACUCUCAUACGACACAUGCAGACAAAACAUCGUGACAUUAUCAUCAGGACACUCAAAACCAAAGCCAGUCCAUCUAACACAGAAAAUGCUGAAGAAGACAACUCAUCUAACAUCAACCAGGAUAUAUUAUCUGACAAUAUGAUUAAGACAGAGAACAUGGCUGAAGUGAUACAGAACAGCACAGACGACAGUAUAGAAGACAGUAUAGAGGAUGGUAUGCAGACUGAGGAUGACGCUACACACAUCACACCUACUUGUGACAUGGACACGUCUUCAGGGGUUAUACAGUUCAAAGGGGAAACAUUGACCAAUCAGGGCCCAGAGACAGAAGGCCAGUGAAUAUUCUAUUAAAGGUGACUGUGCGUCCGUGACCUCUGUUACUUUUAUUAGAGAACUAUUAGUAAUCAAUUUUGAUGUCAAGAGCUAUCAUGAAUUUGUUCAGUGCAUUCUCAUCGACACAUGUGUUGAUAUAGAUGAACACCCCAACAUGACCCUAGCUGUUAAUAGGAUGUUAAACAAAAACAAAACAAAACCAAACCAACUGCUGUGGCAAGUUUGAGAUACUUUUGUAUUUGAGAAUAAUAACACCUAAGCAGAAAAUUGGACUUAUGCUACAUCUGAACAGAGCCAUUUAAAAACCUAAUUUUAUUUCAGACUAAACAAAAACAGGAAAAAAAUCCUGUGUUUGAAAUAUUUAGUUCUCUGAUCACUGUCUUGUGCGAUAUUUUGAGAAAAAGAGAAGGCUUUGAUUGUGAAAAAUAAAUGAGCUCAGGAAAAAUGAUAAUAUCUAGCAAAACAACUUGUUAAGGGUUCUGUACAGGAUUAACCUUAAGAGAUCAUAUUUCAUCCUAUAUAACAAAAUCAGUUGUGUGGUUAUGAAAAUUAAAUAUCAAAAAAAUAAGUUUCUCUUUUUGGAAUAUUUAAAUUUCGACAAAAGUAAAUUAUUAUUAAUAAAUAAAGUGCUGUCCUACCAAUUUGCCUACACCCAUCCCAUAAGCCAGUGAGAGUGUCCUGAAAUAUUGAACUUGACAAGGUGCAAUAUUGUAUCAAAAUAUAUAACUCCAAUAUUUAACUCAAUCUAGGCUUUCUCCACUAAUUCUCACUAAUGCAGAUUUUAAUCUAUACAUAGCUAGAAUUAUGUAAAUGUUGUCAAAAAAUUGCUACAAUAGUUCCUUCCCAUGCUAAGCUUACAAGAGGUCUCUUUCAAAAAAUAAUGUUAAAUUAUAACAGAGUUUUCUCCCUUCCCAUGCUUCACCUCGGUCUGCUUGUCGAGCAACGUCAAGCAGUAUUUUAUGAAAAUGUAUUACAGCUUCUGAAACAAAUACAAAGCAUCCACGAUCUUGUGCAGGUAUAUUAUUAAAAAAAAUUGAUAGAACAAUAUCUCCAAAAAGUUGUGACGCAUUAUUUUUUUGCAGGUAAUAAUAUGACCAAAAAGUUAUUUCGUUGGUUAAUACCAGAGACGUAUAAUAAUGUAUUAUACGUCUCUGUUAAUACUAAUAAAUUUAUAUGUUUUUUUAGCAUAGCUGUAAUGCAAACAUGCAUCCAUUCAAAUUGCUGUAAGAAAAUGGGUAAACAAUGAGUUCCUUAAACCAAGACGUGCCACACGGAGACCAUAUUUAUUAUUUAAUUAUGAAUUAUUUAGUAAGUGAAAUGUUGUAAUCUGUCAUUUGCGUCAUGGGGUUAUUUGUAGAUUUUUCUGUUUUUUUACAUUUAUGAAAUCAUCUAUAACAUGUAUUAAACAUUACUUUCACUAGAAACUGAGUUUUGGCAAAAUGUGUAAGACUUAAGUUUAGUUUACAAACAUAACAAGUAACUAAAAUAACAACACAUUGGAUAUUAUUCUUGUUUAAAUUGUAUCAUGUUGUAUAAGAUCUUCUUUGCUAUUAAACCGUUUUUUUAGACCCAGUAACAUUUCAACGGUGAACAUAAAAGGUUCUUUAUAUAAAUAAAAGUUCAACAAUAUAUAGAUUCCAAUAAUAAUGAUCAAUAAACCAUGACUUAAUUAUAUAAAACCAUCCACAAGCAUUCUUUACUGCUGAAUACAUGUACGUUUCAUAGGUUACUCUAGCUCAAUAAUCACAAUUGUCAAACCAUAAUUACCUCAUACAUGUAUGUUUAUGAUUGUACUGUCUUAAUCACCUUUGCUGUGAUUGGCUAUUGGUGAUGAGUUGGCCAUUGAUUGCUUGCCGUAUUUAUCAUGUACGUAUUUAAAUUGUUCGUUUUCAUGGUGGUAAUACCUUCUUGGGACUUGAAUACUUUCACUAUAAUGAGAUGGUAGUACCACUUCUGUCUGUGACUUCGAUAUGUGUGUUGUAUUAUUUAUUGGUAACAGCAGGUCUGUUGCAUUAGCAUCUUAAAUAAAUGUUGUUGAAU